AUGAUUAAUAAAGAUAGUCGAAAUGGUAUGUUUAUUUCAUCGUCUAAUGGUUCGUCAAAAGAUGAGGAUUUAUUUGUACCCAAGGAUAAUGAAUAACGGGAGGACAAGAAAUAAGAAUUUUUGCAAGCACAAACAUAGAGUUAAUUGUCAUCGUCUGAAUUGAUAGGAGACGUUCCUGUGCCUAGAUUAACCCUAUUUGUUUCGUAAAUGUCCCUCGAUGAAAAUCAAGGUUAUUACAAAAAGCAAAUGUCAUUAGAAGCUCUGAGUCCCACUAAAUAUUCGCCAUAAUAGAAAUAAGAAAAUCAAAUUAGAUAAGACGCAUAAGAAAUAAAGUAGUUGGAGAUCUAGGAAAUAAAGUAGGUGGACAUCUAGGAAGUAUAAAAUGUACAAUAGAUUCAAACAAGAAGAAAAGUAAAUAAAGCAAAUUACAAUGUGGAUAAUUCUCCUGUGGAAGAGGAUGAAAUGAAACCUUGUCAUUGUACAAAGACUCAUUGUUUAUAAUUAUAUUGUUCAUGUUUCCAUAAUAGACGUCAAUGCAUGAGCGAAUGUAAGUGCAAUGACUGUUAUAAUGAUGGGUAACACGAAGAGGAUGUGUUGAAGGCAGUCGAACAAAUUAAGAUGAAAGAAUAGAGAGCAUCUCAUCAUGAUUUGGAUUCUUUUGAUACUAAAUAAGUGUGGGGAUGUAAGUGCAAAAAAACAAAAUGUGUAAAAGGUUAUUGUGAAUGUUUUAUAAGGGGAAAAAAGUGCACUUCACAUUGUUAGUGUACAGAAUGUGAAAACAAAAGAUAACCAUAAAAGAAAUAGAAAAAUAAUUAAUAAAGCAAUUAGGUUAACAAAAAGAUAAAGAAAAAAACAUCAGUUCAAUUUUGA